AUGCAUCAGAGUCCACUUUCUCAAAGAAAAAACAACGUAAAAAGUCAUGAGGUGCAUUUUGUACAGUGGAAUCCCACAUCGGACUUGCUUGCACUAGCUUCUCGAAAAGGUGAAGUGAUGGUGAAAAGAAAUGCAUGGAAACGUUGUUGGAAAGUGAAUGUAUCGGAACUGACUUCAUUCCCUGAAACUCAGUGCACAAAACCGGCAUUGGUAGAAUCUAUGACUUGGUCUCCAGAUGGAGCCAUUCUGGCAGUGGCUAUGAAUGAUGGACAUCUGCAUCUUAUUGAAGCUGAGGAGGGAGUCGUACGAUGGUCCAGAAAUCUGGGACCAAGCACAUGUGCUCAAAAAAUGCGAUGGUUUUGGAGUGGAAAGCCACCAUCGACGAAGGCUGAGUUGGCAGAGAAUUUUGUUGAUCGAUCGUAUUAUGAUGAAAGCAAAGCUGUGGCAAGCAUUUUCGGCAAUGGUGAAGACAUUAUUGACGAGCGUAUAAGCAAGACACUCCUUUAUGAAAACCUCUACAGGAAAUCAUUACGAGGAACUCUUCUAUUUAUGAUUCGAGAUGAUCUAGUUGUGCUGGCCCUGGCAGGUGGACUAAUACCUGUCACUGAGAUACGUUUGCCGGACAAGCUAGCACAUUUAAAACUUGAUGUCAUAACCAUCUAUGACGUCUUGUAUUCCCAAAAAGAUGGUCUUACCAUAGCCGUUACCGAUUAUGGGCCACGCCCAAAACUUAGCGAAUUGGACCGUGAUACAACAAGUAAACGUAGCUCUGCUCGUUUGUCUGGAGAGAUUGCUGAUCCACUGAGAUGUGAAAGUACUCUGUCUGCGGAAAAGAAGUUUGGAGUCCCGGCUUUCGUUCCCGAUUCGAUCAGCUGCCCGCAUACCCAUCUCGUCAACAUUGGGUUCAAAUUAGAAAAUGAAAAGCUGCUUUGGGAACUUCUUUUGAGGCAAGGCACUUCACCUUUCUAG